AUGCCGAAAUCGAAGAGACGGGAGGAUGAUAGUAAUGAUGAUAGAGAUAGGGAUUAUAACCAUACGACUACAGUAUCCCCAAGUCCUGAGCCUAUGAAGCCAAGCGAUACGGAUUCAGGGAUAGACGCAGCAGAGCUUGAUCGUAUGGCUAACCAGCUAGUUCGGAUGGCUCUCUUUGGCGAAUUAACACGAACGACCAUCAAAAAGGCAAACAUAUACAAAACAAUUAUAAGCGAUUCUAUCGCUGCUAAUAUGAAACUGAAAACUUAUAGAAAUGUGUUUGUCAUGGCUCAGAAGAAACUUAGAUCAAUUUUUGGCAUGGAACUAAUACCGCUCCCUCCUAAGGAAUUUCCAGAAGACUUGUCGAUAAAUACAACUCAUUUGGCUACGACGCGCUCCAAUCGAAGCAAAAGGCCCAAAAGGCAAAAAACAGAAUCAGGGGAGGGACAAGACGAGGAUGACGUUGGCGAUGUUUACAUGUUGAGGAAUACUCUACCCUUAGAGUACCGCCAGGUAGUUGCAGAGAAUAGGUCUGUCGAUGAGCAGGAGUUUUAUGGUCAAGCUUUUAUUAUUUGUUCUAUUAUAUUGCUCCAUCCGAAAGGCUAUAUGGAAAGAAGUGAUCUAUCUCGUUACCUCAUACCUCUGGGUAUUGAUCUCCCUAUGUUUGAUACGCUCAUUUCGAAACUGACAAGCCAUUCUUAUGUUGUACAACAGAGUAACAAUGAUCCAGGAAGGGCCAUUCAGAAGCGACGGCAAUAUUACAGCCUGGGCCCCCGAGCCAAAGUGGAGUUCGGAGAUAACCAGGGGUUCAAAGAAAUUUGUUCUAAGAUUCUCGGCGAGACCUUCAACCCUAAGAUUUCAACGCAAAUCGACUCUCGAUUGAAAGCAGUUAAAAUGUUACACAGUCCAGUAGCAAGUAACCAGAUCUCCGACGUAGGUGUAGGGAUUGAUAACCUAGAAGAUGUGGAAGUUGGAAGCGGCGACGAUUAA